AUGGCUGCCACUACCAUGGCUGCCACUACCAUGGCUGCCACUACCAUGGCUGCCACUACCAUGGCUGCCACUACCAUGGCUACCUACCAUGGCUACCACUCACUACCAUGGCUACCUAUCAUGGCUGCCCCCUACCAUGGCUAUGGCUACCUAUCAUGGCUACCCCCUAUCAUGGCUACCCUUACCAUGGCUACUACAUGA